AUGAGACUUAGCGUUCGUGUGAGGAGGAGCCAGAUGGUUGCUGGUGGUGCUAAUGGUAAAGGCCCAAAUCCACAGGCACUGCCGGUUGAGAAGAGGAAAGACGGAGAGAGCAGUCCAUCAAAAGCAGAGGCAGUUGGGUCAUCGUCUGCUGCCGACUCCCCAUCUAAACCCACUCAAAAUGUUGCUUCUCCAUCGGGCGCCCUGCCGAAAAAAUCUCCAGAUCCAAAAACUUUGGUAACUUCUGCAGUCAAAGCAGCGCCCUCCAAGGCACCCAUAUCAGCCUCGAAGGUAGCAGCGGAUCCGGCACCAACUGAAGCCCUCCCAGUCGCCUCAAAAAUACCACAGCCAAUCCCAGAACAACGUUCUCCGGUUGAAGAGGCAACACCACCUGCUCUUCCACAGAUAUCCGAGAAGCCAGAGGCGUCUCCAACUCGUGCCCCAGCACCAGAGAUAUCGGAGGCAGCUCCAGUCAUCGCCGCACCUUCUAAAAUACCCGAUGAACCUUCUAGUCCCGCUGUUGUGGUGCCAACGCCUACUCCAGAUGCCCCGAUCGUGGUCUCCGAUACAGCCGUGGCUGCAGUUCCAACCGUCAAACCAGUUGUCACUUCAGAAACGGUACCAGAAAUUACAAGCGCCGCUCCCAUUGAAACUGCGGCAAGCCCCGUGGCAACAGUCGUACCGACUAAGGCCCUCGAUGAGACUUCCGAAUUACCAAUCGCGGCGCCUUCGACAUCCAUCGCGGCGCCUUCGACAUCCAUCGCGGUUCCUGAAGCACAAAGCACGGGUGAGCCAACACCGAUCCUCCCGAGCCCUGAGACAACGGUUGCAGAUGCCAUCGCCACGGAAGCGACUUCUUCGACUAUACUGAAUGCUGCUACAAGUGUGGCCCCGAUUCCUGCAGCAGUACAGACAUCAGAUGCAGAAUUGCCAUCUGCCACAACCUCAUCGUCGACUAAUGAAGGGAGUUCGGUUGUCGUCGCAGCUCCGGCGGUUACAACAGAGUCCAACUCCGCCGCUCCAAACGGCGCAGUUGUAUCAGCGACAAGCAAUGUGGGUGACCGAGCAUCCUCCGCUGAUUCCCAAGCUGCUGCUACGACCGCUGAGCCCGCCAGGGCAUCAUUGUCUACUACAGCGCCCUCCGCCUCUAGACCUGAUGCUGCUGCUGCAUCCUUCUCUGACAGACCCACCCCCGUUUCCGAUAGCCCCGGAUCUGUCACCAACCGCCCUAGCUCGGUGUCCAACCCAUUACUCUCUGGCACGCUGGCAGCCGGGUCUCAAACUCUGGUCCCUAUCUCGGCCCUUGCCAAGACUAGUGCUGUCUCUGUACAGACUCCGGUCCAAGUCGUAUCUGCUGCUGCCGCCCUUCAAUCCGAAAAUGUGGGGACUGGCCCGAACGCCGGCGUGGUCCUAAGCAGCGGUGUCAGAACAGGGAACGAUCCCGAUGCCACAGGUGUGACAGGAGGAGCAAGCACACUGGAGCAGACAAGUGGCCCAUUAUCUAGCGGUGCAGGCAUUGCUGGUGUAGUCGUCGGCAGUAUAGUGGGAGCCAUCGCCCUAGGCGUCAUUAUCUGGUUCAUUAUCCACCGCGUCUUCCGCAACAGACGUCUAGGACGCAAGGCCGAUACGCCGCCCGCAUCCCCCCUCCUCCAGGCGCUUAAUUCGCCUCUCCCAGCUGGAAUCGCACGCGCCAUGUCACAGCGAAGCGCCGCCAGUAGUGGUAUGGGCAAUGGCAAUUUUUGGGCCAGUGGACAGGGCGCUGUUAUGACCUCGGACGUCGAGAGGUUCAGUGAUAAAACCCCCAUGCCAAUGGAUAUAACGAGAGACAGGGAUAUGGGAGGCAUGCCGCGCGAGAAUGAAUACGGGUCUGGAUUUGGGGGGAACAAUAUUGCCCCUGCACCUUUGAGCCCUCUUCCACCUUUGUCAGAUACGGGGGUUAAUGGGUUGGGUGCGAAUAAUGGAGGGUUUAGUCUUUUCCCUCCGCACCCUGAAGCGAGCAAUGAAAAGCGGGCGGAUGGGUUCCCGAAGGGUUUCUAG